UCGGCGCAAUAUAACCCCAUUGCAUUGACUACAGAUAAUUACUUUGUCCAUCCCCUCCCUUUCCGUUACAUUUACUUUACUUCAACCUUUUUUUCAUCUCAUCGAAGCAGCCCGAUCUCGCAAUGACUUCCUACACUUCGCCCAUUGCACCUACAAGCCCUCCAUAUGCUUUAUCCCAGGACCCGGUUUCACCAUUACUUCAGUCGUGUACAGUAGAGCCAGCAAUCGCUGCAGUCAGAUCAAAAAUCGCCGCCUCUGCAUCCCUCAACUCUUCUCUUCUCAAUUUGCUCAUGUUGACCAUGGAUGCACCAGCUGCCCUCGGCCACAUGAGCACCCAUAUCACUAUUCUCCGGACCGAGCUUUCUGCCCACAGUGUAGCCCUCGAGGCACUGCAGAAAAAGGCUCUACAGACACUGAGGCGGCACGAGUUAUUCCGGGACUCGAUAGUCCGCCGUUUGACCUACCGCAUCACAGCUAUGACCGCGAAGUUCCGGGAAAAGUCGCAUGUAGCGGAGAAAGAGUACACAGAAACAGUGAAAGAGCUUUCAAGAGCCGAGACAAGGCUAAAGUUGCUAGCGGCCAAGCUGCAAGAGGCGGAACAGGAGCGAAAGAAGCUAGAACAGCAAGCGGCGGAGCAUAGAGAAGCACACAGAAAGAUAGAUGAGCUUUACGAGUCUGUUUUCGCUGGUCCCACGCCUGGAUUUGCAGAGGAGGAUAAGAGGGAGAGCGCAUAUGACGUGGCGCUGCAAAAUCUUGAAAGAACGAAGAAAGACUUGCUGGCAGCACGGAAGGCAGUCAGGUCACUGGUUCAGACGGGCAAUGCUUUUAAGAGAGCAGGCAAUUUUCUUGUGCAUGCGGUGAAUGCGGUCGAUGCGAGCUUCUUCCUUGCACUUAGUGGAGCUGAGGAGGAGAUCAAGACUCACGAGCGUUACCGCACGAUGGCCUUGUCCUUAGUAGAACAUACAAAGGACAGCCUGCGUCCAAUGGACCGGAAGGCCGAAGAGGUGGCGAAGAGGCUAUCGGACACGAUCAGAAAGGGUGUCGUGAAUCUGGAAGACAUCUCAUCAAAGCAACUCUUUCUUGAUUCCGUCGCUGAGGCGGGAAAAGACUUGAAUGAGGCAGCGGUCUUGCUUGAUCAACUGAAGGCAUUGGUGAAGGAAAAAGAAAGAACAGCAGCUCAAAAUCUCGGACAAACUGCAAGGGCACUUGAAGACGCAAGGCAAGCCUUGCAGGAGGUUCGGCAAGAAGCAUUCGAGAAGGUAGUCGGUUUCGGCGCAGCCCCGCCCGCAUAUCACGAGUGUUGUGAUCGCUCAAGUCAGUUUGAAGAAGCUGCGGAUGAUGGAAGUGUUCUUAGCGAUACUUUUGUUGAUCAGGAGUUCGUUGAUGCUCCCUCCUCGGAUGCGCAUAGCCCUCAGACGCCCUCGGAGACCACACCCUAUUAUUCUCCAAGUUUUCUCCAUUCAAACGCAUUCUCUCCUAGCCCUGACGUAGUCAGUGCCUUGGACCCGUGGGCACCAAGUCGAAAACUUGCUCGUGGAUGAGUAUUAUGUCGAAGCGCGUUUCUAAACAAAUAGCUGGGCUUGUCAUGCAGAUUUCUAAGGAUCCGUUAAUUUUAUUCGUAUCAUGCUCCACGAUUCGAUACUGCCGCUAUCUAAGUAACUAGCGAGGUAGCAGGUUCAAAGAAAGGAAGGCUUACAAUCCAUUUGAAUC